UAAAGCCCCAUUGAGGCAAAUUUGUAAUUUCUUAUAAUGGGCGAUACAAAUUAAAUUGACUUGACACAAGAGGAUACCUAUACAUUAACGAGACAUUACAGGGAGUGUGGGACUGCUGAGAGAAUGGGCAGAAAGAAAAUACAAAUUUCUCGUAUUCUGGACCAGAGGAAUCGACAGGUGACCUUCACCAAACGUAAGUUUGGCCUAAUGAAGAAGGCUUAUGAGCUGAGUGUGCUUUGUGACUGUGAGAUCGCCCUGAUCAUCUUCAAUAGCACCAACCGUCUGUUCCAAUAUGCCAGCACAGACAUGGACAAAGUCCUGCUUAAAUACACGGAGUACAGCGAGCCACAUGAAAGUCGCACCAACAUGGAUAUACUAGAGACACUGCGUAGGAAAGGUCUCGGUCUGGAUGGCUCAGAGUUAGACAGCGAGGAAAGCAUGCAGGUGGCAACAGACAAGUUUCCUAUCAGGGAGAGCAUGGACUUCUCUGUGGCCCGUCAGCGCUACUAUGCACCAUCUCUACUCACCCCAGAGGCUCAGUUACUGGUGUCUCCAGUCUGUGAGAAUGGCUUUCCCACCACCGCUGGACCCAGCCUGACACCCCACAGACUGCCGGCCUUCAAACCGCUGGGCUCCAGAUCAGGAUCUGGUAGCCCCGCCUCCCCGCAAAAACACAAUGCCUUCAUGACUCCUCACUCAGGCAUUGGCUACUCUGUCUUCUCCCAUGGAAACCUCAGUCGGUCUCUGGAAAUGAAGACCCCACCUCCACUGAACCUGGGCUGUGACAACAUGCGGGGAGACGCUGUUAACCCGGGCCUGGGCGGCACACGCGCCAACCUCAGCUCUGCUAGAGGCCUCUUGUACCAAGGUUUGCACCCUGGCAGUUCAAUGGUCUCUAUGGGAAAAGCAGGGCUGCUCAGCCACAGUUUUGGAAGCUACAGCCUGCCAUCCUCUGGUGCACCGGAGUACGGCCACUCAAGCUUUUCCCACUCGGUCAGUCUACAGCGAGGAGCAGUGAACCCCUGGCAGUCAAUGCAGCCACUUCAGGAGCCCCAUGGGCCUCAUAUGAGCCCGGUGUUGUCCAGUGGAGGGUGCUCCUACCCCUCCCAGAAUCCCACUCCAACCUCUCCGCCUCUGCCCUCCCUUAACGUCAGCAUCAAGUCAGAACAAGCCUCUCCUGAGCACAUGUCCUCUUCCACCUCCCCUCCUUUGCACCACAUCAGGCAGCAUUCACCAAUGAGUGCCCCGGAUUCUGUUCGCCAUACCCCUCCGGAACGCUACCCGACCAAUGAGAGAAAGGAGUUUUCCAAAGCCGGCUACCCACCGCUGGCCCAACACCUGGGAGAGCAGGAGAAAGGAGGGCAGCCUCACAGGCAAUUAGAGAUCAGUGAUGGGUGGCAGAGAUAGCUGGCUUGUACAGUAGUUUACAUCGCUCCCGCCAUCUGACCCCCUAUCUUUCACCGAGCUCUGCCUAUCAAAUCAACACACACACACACACACACACACACACACACACACACACAUACACACACACACACACACACAUCAUCCCAUCGAGGAAAGCCUCUCUCUGUCUCCUCAUGUAGAGCUGGUCUCUCUUGGGGUAAUGAGCAACUGUCCCUGCAUCUCUGAUUGAUCCCGUGACUAGAUGCAUACAGACAUACUGUAGCUCUUUUGUUUGUUUAAGUUUAGGUUUCUGUGCCAAACAGAUGCGGAUCAAAAUACUAUUUGAAUUUCUUUUCUUUUUUUUCUUCCAUUUCUGUGAUUGAUUGAACUUACCUACUGCAGCACAAUGGGACCAGUUGAAUUGCCCCAAAAGUGCAAAACCCACUUGCCUGAAGGUUCAGCAGAAUAAUUUUACGAUAAUUGACAAUUAUUAUGUUAUCUGUGACAAGUGACCCAGGUGUUUUGUGGAAAUUGGUGUUUUGUUGUAGUACCACAUCAGAAUAAAGUUUGUCCUGGAGAACGUUCAUAAUGUUGCUCAGCCUUUGAGCGCAGUGUCUCCGUGCACAGUAAUACUUCACUUCCACCUCCCCUGUUACUGUGUACAUAUAUAUAACUUUUAAUGCUUUAGCCUAAAAUCAAUGAGGUGGUUGGCCCACAUGAGACCAGUUAGGUAUUAUCUGUCAGUGUGGCCUUGGCCUUUCCUUCGGGACUGGUGAGACGUGCCUGUACAGUCAUGUUAAGACUUAUGAACAUUUUUAACAAAAAAAUCUGGCGUUGAUAAAUCUGUCUCAGGGAUUUUGGAUGAUUUUGUUUUUUUUUGUUAGGUUUUGACAGGCUUCGUUUGAAUCUUUCUUUUUAAGAAUACACAUGCUCAUAAACUAAGCUUCGGUAGUACCCCCCCGCACACCCCAAUUGACUGAUUGUCAUUUCAUAUUUUUACUUUACUACGGCCAAACAAAAAAUCUUCAGUGUCUAUUUCACCUAAAGACCAAAAUGUGUAGCAUUCAUCCCUGCACAGCCAUUGUAACUAAAUAAUGCAGCAAACGUUGACAUACUGUGUAUUUUUACUGUGGCCAAAUUGAUUAAGAAACGUAUCCUACUGCAAGUUUGGCAAAUAAAAUCAUUUUCUGAAGGUGUUUUUUUUCUGUGUGCAUCAUUUUAUAA